CCAGUACAUGCAACAACAGCCCAGUUUGGGCUACAGCGCUAUACUGAGAUGUGUCCAGCAGAGGGCAGCACUGCUGGGAGGAUCUACUGGGAAAUUGAGCUCACAAACAUCAAUUGAUUCACACCCAGCCUCUGCCCAUGGAGCUGGCAAUGCAGUCUGAGCAUGUGGCAAUCUAAGCACCUAAUCAGGGCUGGGCCCUUUGCUGUACCAGGGAGGUGAUACUGACAACAAUACAGUUUAGAUACAAGCUGUGCUGUUAUCGGCUUUCCCUCUGAAUACACUGGGUACACAUUCCAUAUUGGUGAAAGGUGGGGCAGAAUAAGGCCUUCUGCAUACCUGAUUUUAUCUUUUAUUUAUUUGUGUGUUUUACAGUUCAGUUUCUUUGGGAUGGGAAGUCUGCAAACACCAAAUUAUGUUGAGCUACAAUGUAGAGUUAUUUAAGUUUUUAAAAAAAGGAAAUGGACUUGAAAAUAAUUCCUGUAUAACAUCAUCAAUUCAGGAAACAUUAAACAGAAAAGCAAGGCCCUUUACUGUAAUGGAAUACUGGAACUUUAGGCGGAUUAACAAUUUAAUAUAAAGAAACAAACUAUACUAGCUUUGGCAUGAAGAGAAAUAAUAAUUACAGUUACUGUAGUGUGGCUGAGAGGCAACAUGAGGGCGGGUUUGGUCUGACCCAUAGCCAUGGGAAUCUGCUAGAUUUAAUCUGCCGUAUAAGUGACUCACGCAGUGAAUGUGCUGAAUGUGCAGAUUGAACACAAACUGUUGAGUCUGGGAGAGGGCUGAAAUUGCCGGAUUCUGUAACUCCGACCCUCACACAGUCUGAGAGAGAGAGAGAGACCCUGCCACUCGCAACGCAGAGGAAGGGCGACUGGGACAGCACAGGCAGCAGGCAGGCAGACAGCAGCCAUGAUGUCAACCGAACAGCCCCAGAAGAGAAUGGUCUCCUCUGUCUUCAUCACCCUGGCCUCUCCACACCGGCCUCCGCCCAGGGCAGCACCGCAUAGUGCCAACACGACCGACACGCAGAUCAGACCCAAUCAAAUCCAGUCAAAGCCCAGCUCCAGCUCCAGCUCCACUGAGCCAAGAACCAGUUGGACUGAAGCACCGCUCAGCCCCACCAGGACUGAAAACCAGCCUGCCUCCAGCCAGACACAGCCUCUCCGUGCCAGCCUGCUCAACCAGGCCAAGCCACCACCCAAUCAGAUAACUCCAGCCACCAACGGGAUCACCCAGGCAGUGCCUCCUAGUGCCAGCAGGGCGGCGCCACCUACCAGUGCAAACAGGCUCUAUCAGCCCAAAUCACCACAGGGGACAACCAAGCUGCUACCAGGGUCUGACAGCCUUUCUAGCGCAGAUUUCUUCCCACCUCCCCCUCCCGUGGAGGAGCUGUCUUCCCCUGCCCGGCUCGAGGCUGUGUCCCCCUCCUUCAGUAACCAGGGACUCCAGACACUGCCGGGACGUCCUGCCAACUCUUCCGGGCAGCAGUCUGUCCCCAUGACUGGGGCUCUGAGACAGGAUAGGGCUCCCCCUGCUGGAAAGAGACAGGCAGCGCAGGAUGAGCUCUGGGAGACUCUGGCAGUGCAACAACCCAGCAAACCAGAGGAGCCUGUUCAGAAAUCAACAGAUAUAUGUGGAUUUUGCCACAAGGCAAUCUCUCCGACUGUCCAAGCCAUAGAGGCAAUGAAAGAGAUGUAUCAUGCAUCCUGCUUCACCUGCAGGAAGUGCUGCCACCCGCUGGCAGGAGAGCUUUACUACAACAAGGAUGGCGUACCAAUAUGUGAUCCAUGCUAUAAGGCCACUCUGGAGCGAUGUGGGCGAUGCGAUCAGGUGAUCACGGAUCGUGUGACUCGCGCCAUGGAGACCGUCUUCCACCCUGAAUGCUUCACCUGUGCGGUGUGCCGGCGACCAAUAGAAGACGAGAGAUUUGUUGUGGAUGACGCCAACGAAGUGUACUGCAUUCCGGACUAUUACAGGAAGUACGCGUCUACGUGCAGCGUCUGCAAGGACCUCAUCGUCCCCGGGAAAGACGGCAAGGACAUGUUCACUGUGGAGUGUCUCGGGCGCACGUUUCACGAGGGCUGCUAUCGCUGCGAGAACUGUAGAGUGCUGCUGUCCCCCGAGCCCAAUGACCAAGGCUGCCACCCGCUGGACGAUCGUAUUCUCUGCAAGUCCUGUAAUCUCAAACAGAGAGCCAGCUAAUCGGUUCAGCCCUGCACCCUCACGCAACAUAUUUUCACAUCCAUUCUGUAGCAUCUUUCCCCUUACCUUCUGAUGAUGUCUUCAGCCGUUCUCCAAUCAUUAUCUCUGCAGCGUCUGUCUGGACCUCUGUGUGGUUCAUUCAAAUAGCAAGGAGCAAAUAACAAUAGAUUGCACAGUACAAUGUAUUACUAUCUAGUGUUGGACUGCAUUCAUCUGUGCUGUGGAAUAAGCUCUGACGCCACCUGAUUUAUUGUAGCACAGAGCACGUCAGACCGACAGCGUUAGAUACAGACCUGUGUAAAAUUCAGAACGAUUGCAAACAUUAAAGAAGGAAGUGAAGGGAAAAGAAGGAUUUUAAGCUCUUUGGUCUUUCAUACAUCCUUUACGAAUAAUAUCCAUUAAAACUUAAUCAUUCUUACAUUUUUAUAAUUGAACAUUUCACACAAGUGGAAGACUACUGCAUUUUAACCCAGAAUGUUAAAGGUGUACACCAUGGAAGACAACCUGUCUUCAAAUCCACUAAAUAACUCAAUUCAAUUGAAUGUUUUUAUAUCUCGUGUGAUGUACGGUUUUGUGAUUACCUGUAAUUGAUUUUUCUUUUAAUAUAUGAUAAAUAAAAUAAAUGGAAACAAUUAA